UCUUAUGUACAGUAGUAUAUUUCGUUCAGUUUCCCUAUACAGUACUGAGGGACAUAAUACCUACGAACGUUAUGGAGACGUGAGUUUUCUGUGAAGUUUUCAUACUGUAACUCGUGCGUGAGGAACAAGAUUUGGACCGUACUUAAACGAAUUUUCAAAUUUCUAGCCGUAAUAGUUUUUAUCCGAUGCCCAAAUUACGUUCCCGAAUUUUGUGAAAGGCGUGACUGUGUUUUUGUAUCUUCUCACCUUGGCGAUUCAUGGAGGAUGGGAGGAAUUUUGUCUCGGUUCCGCAAGCGCCAAUCGGCAAGUGAACGAUUGGCAUCCAUUGUGAAGGAAAUCAAAAUACUCGAAGAGGAAAAAUCAAGUACUCAAAAGUGGGAGCAGCGGGUAGUCUCAGGAUGGAUCACUUACUCAGUGAUUUUUUAUUUGAUCGUUUUCGGCAUUUAUGCUUUCUUCCUUAUGCCACCGACUGCUUGGGAGAAAGGGCUGUAUACAGUGCUGUUGCUCUUGGUUCCCGUCUUUAUUUAUGCCGGGAAGCGGUUUGUCAACUGGUACUAUUCAUCAAAGAUCCAAAGAGAUCAAGACCAUCUCGUAGAGCUCUACAAGGAGAAGUCUAAGAUAGUGGAUCUCGUGAUGGAAACCGAAACAUUCAACGUUGCUUCUGCAAUUCUUGGAAAGUUUGCUCCAGAACAACUUCGAAAAUUGACUCCGAAACCCGAACAGGAGCAAAAACCAGAUUUCAACCGUAGUAUUCUGAACACCCCGUUCGGUUCCAAUUCGCUGUCCAGCUCGCCUGGCAUGCGUUACCGAAGCGCUUCCACAUCAAUGCGAGGUCGGGGUAAUAACUUGGGUCCACUGCGUCGGGCUUUGCCAAUGCAAAGUCCGUUGCCCGGUACUCCAGUUCGUCCAAUGGAGUUGGGAGCUUCGCAGUUCUCUCCGGCCUUUGCCCGCGGACCUCUUGUUGGGCCUCCUCCUGGACCACCAUUGCCAAGACCUAUUCCUGCGCGAGACAGAUCCAUACUUCGUCAAGUUGUUGACGGACUAAUGGGAGAAGGACCUGGUUCCAAUUAUGCCCUGAUCUGCCGCCACUGCCAAUCGCACAAUGGUCUUGCAAUGAAAGAAGAAUUUGAUUUCCUUGCCUUUCGCUGUGCGUAUUGUUACAACUUCAACCCUGCGCGGAAGGUCAAACCAUCGGCGCCAAGACUGCCAAUGCCUCCUCCUCAAUCAUUGCCUGGCUCUCCGCGGCCUCCUCGAAGUGAUGGAAGUUUGUUCAAAUCUCCCUCUGAGUCGCAUCUCAACGAACAGCCUUUUGGAGAACGAAAAGCCAUGAGUGAUGUAGACUUCGAAAGUGACGAUAAGGAAUCGGAGGAUUUGCUCGUGAAAAAUGGCAUUACUUCAUCUGAAGAAGGUUCGAAUGUCGACAGGUCCAAAAUUGGCUUCAUUGGUCUGGGUAAUAUGGGCGGGCCCAUGGCUCUGAAUCUUUUGAAGAAAGGCCAUGAAGUGGUAGCCUUUGAUAUUUCAAAAUCUGCCUUAAAAACCCUCGAGGAGAAAGGCGGCAUCAGCAAGGAUUCACCUGCAAAAGUUGCUUCAGAAGCGGAUAUCAUCGUUACUAUGCUGCCGGAUUCCAUUUGUGUGCGAAAGACGUACACUGGAGAGAAUGGCAUCUUUUCAGGCAUGUCCAACGGAAUGAUGCUGAUCGACAGCAGUACAAUUGAACCAGAAGUUCCGAAGGAGUUGGCUGCUCUCGCUUCUGCAAAAGGAGCCGUUUUUGUUGAUGCACCUGUGUCCGGAGGAGUCAAUGCCGCAAAAGCUGGGUCACUAACAUUCAUGGUCGGUUGUACCGAUGUGAGUACAUUUAGCGUUGCGAAAGACAUCCUGGAGAACAUGGGAAAAAACAUUGUGCAUUGCGGUCCUGUUGGAGCUGGACAGGCUGCAAAAAUCUGUAACAACAUGCUCUUGGCAAUAUCCAUGAUUGGUACGUCAGAGAUUAUGAAUCUUGGCAUCAAACUGGGAUUGGAUCCAAAAGUCUUGGCUUCUAUUGUGAAUUCGAGUUCCGGUCGCUGUUGGUCGAGCGAAGUGUACAAUCCCGUUCCUGGAGUGAUGGAUGGUGUACCUAGUUCGAAUGGUUACCAGGGUGGAUUUGGAUCUGCAUUGAUGACGAAAGACCUGGGUUUGGCCCAAAGCGCGUCAACUGCUGCCAAGACCCCCACUCCAUUGGGCUCGUUAGCUCAUCAGAUUUACAAGCUUAUGCUCGUGCAAGGAUAUGGUCAUUUGGAUUUCUCGUCCGUCUUUAAAUUCCUGAGUGAGGAUAAAAAAGUGUAA